GAAUUUUUUGAAGUCCUAAUUAAAAUUAAUAUUAAUGGUGAUUUUUAUUGUAAAAUAUGUUGGAAGGACUUGUGGCCUGGGUUUUAAAUAAUUACUUGGGCAAAUAUGUGGAGAACUUGAACACAGAUCAGUUGAGCAUUGCUUUGUUAUCAGGUGAGGUCGAAUUAGAGAACCUCCCGAUAAGAAAAGAUGCCCUAAGACUCCUCGGGUUACCUUUACAAGUCAGAGCUGGUUAUAUAGGUCGUGUGAGACUCCAAAUUCCAGUCAGACAAUUCAGAUCAGCCCCAUGGGUGAUACUAAUCGAACAAUUGAAUGUUGUUGCUGGACCGAUUAACUUGGACGAGUGGGAUGAUGAGUUUGAGAGAAAUGCUUCCUUGGAACGUAAGCUCAAUAAAUUGGAUGCUCAUGAGUCCCGAUGGAGAGCUGUCCGAGAUGCAAAUUCCUCUGCAGGAAGACAAGGAGCUUCUGGAUCAACUGGAUACUAUGCCUCGAGUUACUCGUCCUGGUUGAGUUAUGGGGCCAGUUUUGUUUCCGGGAUUGUGGAUAAUUUACAAUUUAAAAUCCGUGACAUCCAUAUAAGAUACGAAGACUCCAUAUCAAUCCCUGGACAAAUAUUUGCUUGCGGGAUAACAUUGGGAUCCUUGAACACAAAUGGAGCAGUAAGUGACUUCUCAUCAGCUUCCAUAAACAUCAACUACAAUGCCAACUCUGGUACAGCAACCUCACCAGGAGCUGCAGGUGGUGCAAAUGGUGCUAAAACUAUGGAACUACAGGCUUUGGCCAUCUAUUGGGACGCGAUUGAGGAGACUGAUAUGCUCGGGAAUAGGACUUUGGGAGAAUUAGCAGUUGCUUUAGAUUCCAUAAAGUCCCAUCAGUAUGUCCUCAAACCUGUGCGAGGCAGAGCACAAUUGGGUAGAGAGACUCCAAAUCUAGGGGAGUUCCAAGCAGGUGGUGAUAGACCAUCGAGUAGACCAAGACUUGUUUGUGAUUUGCAGUUGCAUAAAGUUCCAUUGGUUCUUGUUGAUUGGCAGUAUGAGCAGUUGAUAAAGUGCGCACACGGUUUGGAAAAUGUGGCCAAGAUACGUAAGAACCGUCUGAACAGACCUGGAGUGCUGGUGAAAGAUAGUCCUAAAGCAUGGUGGCUGUACGCUCUUAAAUGCAAUGGUCAUGACUUCUAUCGUCCAACAUGGGAAGAAUGCCUAUCGUUGGCAAGAGACAAUAUCAACUAUGUAGAUUUAUACACAAAAUUGUUAUUAGCACCAUCCUGCACAUUGCCUUUGGAACAGAAGCAACUGAAAGAUCGAAUGGAGACAGUGCUCACUUUGGAUAAAUUGAAAGCUUUAAGAGAGGUGGCCAUGAGUCGAAUACCAGAAAAAACAGAUGAGUCCAGGAAUACAAACAGUGGAAGUGGUUACGGUGUGUUGUUUCAAUGGUUUCCACAGUACUGGGGAUGGUAUGGCAGUAAUUCUUCUUCUAAAACACCAUCAGCUGAAAAUGAGGCUUUAGUCCCAUCUACUACAUCUGAUAACACUUUGGAUGCAGAGUUGCUGAAAGCCUUGGCAAAUGUACGAGAUGAAAGACAAAAUUGUCAUGUUGUUGCCCAGUUUGAAUUUACUCUUGAAGAAGGAACUUUUAGUAUUUGCAUGGGAGAAUCUUAUAGCAAAAGUGUUCCAAUGCUUGAGUUACAUUUUGAGACUGUAAAAGUAUCUGUUGAGACCAGAUCUAGGUAUGGUUCGUAUCAGGCAAAAUUGGCACUGGGCAGUGUUUCCAUUUUGGACAAAAUUACCAAGAAUACUAUUUUUCCAGUGCUUGUAUGCCCUCAGGGUAAAGACAAUGCUCCAUUGCCUAGGAUGCGUCAGAUGUCUCAAAGAACCCAUCGCAUCUCGGUAACGCAACAGCCUUAUGUCAAUUUGGAGAAAACCAAUGAGCCUUUGUUUUCCUUGUGUUUUGAGCGUAAACCUCUUGGUCAAAACACAGAUUACAGCCUGAAAAUAAAAUCUCAAGCCUUGGAUAUUGUCUACAACAAAAGUGCUGUUCAGUGGUUAGUCGACUUCAUUUGUAAACCUCACCAAAUGGCGGCAACGAGACGGAGAAUCAACGAUAUGAAAUUGAGAACCAAGCAGGAGUUGAUGAAAAACUGGGAGCAGUUGUUGGAAGGUGAUCUUUCUGAACGUAAAGACUGGUUAUUAGAAUUAGACAUAUCAGCUCCUCAAAUUAUUUUUGUUGAGAGCUUUCUGGACUGUGAUACGUGCGUCGUUGUAUUGGAUUUUGGACGCUUGGUCUUGUCCAAUAAGCAAAAUGAAGAACUUGAUAAAAAUCAAGAUGAUCCUUAUUACAAUCGCGAUAGUGAGGAUGAAGAGAUGUUUAUGACACCGUGUUCAACGCCUCCAGGUAGUGAAGCCAGUGGAUCUGAUAGUCCAACGUUAUGUUCAAAUGAAGAUUCUUUAAAAUUGUCACCUGAGAAUCUGAUGAUGUUGAACCAGAAUACAUUACACAAUAGGAUUUAUGAUAAGUACAAUGUGGAAUUUUUAGAUCUGCAAGUAUUGGUUGGUCGAGCUACAGACAAUUGGAGUUUUGCUCAUACCAAAGGAACUUCACCAUUGCACGUUUUAGACCGAUUCAAUAUAUCAUUCCAAAUUGAACGUAGGUUAGUCCACACAGUAGAUCCACAAUAUCCAAGUCUAAUAGUGAGCGGUACUCUGCCAAGAUUGGUUAUGCAUGUAGCUGAACAAAAAAUAUUCUCUUUGAAAAAACUGCUGGAUAUUUUAGAAAGCGAAAAGGCAGAUUCACCAUUUAAAAGCCCAACAAUAACAGAUGAUAUAUUGAUGCAAGAUACAUUACCACAUCUUGAUCAUGCCAAGGAAUCAGCAUCAAAAAUUAUAACACUGCAAUUUUCAGUUGAACAACUUGCAAUAGAAGUCCAAUCUCGUGGUAAAAGUGUAGCAGAGUUGCAAGUAACAGGAGUCAGAUUAGGUUUCACCAAGUGCUCCACCGAAACCAGUGCUACUUUAUUAGUGCAUGGAUUGUUGCUUGUUGAUGCCUUGCAAACUUUUGGACCAGAUUUUGAGCUAUUGGUGGCUUCACAUAAACAUGUGGGCAUGGAUUCUGUGUCUGGCAGUUUACGAGAUAGUGAUCCAUGUUCACCAACUUCUCCUGCCAGUCCUGAUCCCAUGAACGUAGCGCGAAGAGCCACCAGUCCUCAUCAGUUGUCGCAAGCAUUGAGUAGCUUGAGACAAGGACAUAUCUCACCAGUUAUGGAGACAAUAUUAAAUAAAUCAGACACUGAAGCGCUGAUUGUGAUUGAAGUGUUGUAUGUGAAUGCUACUGAAACCGAAGAGGCUAUACAAAUAGCUAGUAUACAAUUUAAUAAUUUAGACAUCAUAGCCAAUCAGGAAACUAUAGUUGAGUUGAUAGGCUUUGCCAAUAGGGUGUUGCCAAAGUUCCAAUCAGGAGGUGCUAUGAAAAGCUUUACAGCAGAAACCAAAGAUAAUCUAGUCAACAACACGAGAGCUGAGAUCACAUUUGAUUUCCACAGACUGAAUGUGUUAGUCUUAAGAGCUUUAUUGAGAGACGGUUGUUACAUUGGGAGAAAAGUUGCAACAGCAACAAUGUCUGAAGCCAGAAUACAUGCAACUAUUGGCACAGGAGUGACUAUUGAAGGAUCUCUGGGAGGCUUGCAAGUUUUGGACCUGACUCCUACUGGCAUAACUCAUCAGCGCGUCUUGAGCGUUGGUAAGGAUCCUUUAACAGAUCCUGAAGUUUUACCACAUGUUGAUUUGCUACAAAUGUUGACCACUGAAAUUUAUAAUACGCAUCAGCAGUCUUCAGAGACAGGUUGUAAGGAGGCUUUGUCCUUUCGUAUUGAGCAGAAUAAAAUUGACAACAACCAGGUUACAGAUUUGCACAUUAAAUUGAGAAUGGGUAGUGUUUGGUACACGUAUUCUCCGCAUUUGUUGAUGGAGAUUAAGAUGUGUGCUACUGAGUUCCAGACUUAUUUAUCAGCGUUGGCACAUAGCAUCAAGGCUAGAGCUACGGAUAUGGCGAUAAAUUUGGUGCAGGCCCGAAUGGAUUCGAUAACGCACGAAACUUAUUUGAGCAUGGGACAGAAGACUUCGCCUCAAUGCACAGAAUGCAACGUUUUGAUAAAUUUGGAUAUUGUUUUAGAGACUCCGGUUUUAGUUUUGCCAAGGGCACCAACAAGUCCCCAUGUCUUUGUGGCACAUUUAGGAAGAAUUUCUUUAUCCAACACACCAAAUUAUACCAACGAAACGGUUCCAAGAAAAAUUUAUAAUGCAACUUUUGAUACCUAUGUGAUAGAAGUCCGUGAUAUGAACUUAUAUUCUCUAGAUACAAGCGAUAGGCGUAAUGUGAUGGAUCAUGGUACAAUAUUAAAAGCAGAGGAGUUGUAUUGCUCCAAAGGUGGUUUACCAAUUCUGCACGACACCACUAUUAAGUUGGAAAUAGCGCGAGAGCUUCCUGAUUUGUACAAUUCGAUGGAACUCUUAGACGAAAAGUUUUCUAGAGACUGUGUCCAUGUCAACGGAUGUGUGGUGACGCCUUUACGAGUGUCUUUAUCACGAGAGCAGUAUGAACAAUUGUUGGACACUGUAGACAAUUUGACCAGCAGUCCUAAAGAUUUCCAAAGCACCAGGUCCCAAGAUCAAGUCGAUUCCAAAACAGUUUCGGGCGAACCAAGAAGGAAUAUGUUGGAUGCUAAAGUUAAGUUUGAGAUGCCUUGUUUGACUUUGGAGCUACGCGGAGAUUGUGGAACAGGUCAACAAGGUCUAGUGGAAAUCUCCUUGCGAGAUUUCAUCUUGAAUUACGAGAAAUGCCACGAUUACGAAACGAAUAUUCUGGUGUCGUUACGUACUUUGGUUAUGGAAGAUUUGUUGAAGGAACCUGAUAGCAAAUAUCGAUACAUGAUGGUAUCCAGUACAUCAAAACAAACUUGGCAACCUAGUUGGUUCGUAUCUCGUUCGUGUCCUAAUUUUAUACCGAUAUCAACAGGACAACUAGACGAAAUUCCAAGAGGGUCCUUACCGGAUCAUUUGGAACCUAAACGGACUUGCCGAAAUCCAUCGUUGCAAAUGGACGUGUGUCCAAUUACGCCUCCGUCUUCACCGAAAUACAAAGAAUCAGAUAUGCUUGUGAAAGUAUCAGCUUUACUAGUCGAUGACGCCAGUCCAGAGUUCACAACCAAGUACAGAUCUUUACACAAAUGUGUAUCUGUUGAUUUUAACGGUUUGGAUACAGUAGUUGCUGUCCAAAGUUGGUUGGUGGUCUUGGAUUUCUUUGGUAUGUCAGACUCCAAACCGCACCACGAGGAACCAACACAGGAAACCAAAGUGACUCCUUUGACUAACAGCGAAGUGGAGAUCUUUGUACGUUCUUUGAACAUGAUCAUGAUCCGCAAAGAGGAAGAUCUAGCCAAAGUGUCAAUAUCUCAUGUAUCUUUCACCAUAACGAAGGACAGUUCUGUGAAAAUCAUCACAGGAACUUUAGGGUCUUUGAUAGUGAUGGAUUUGACACCUCAAGGGAGUAUGUAUAGGGAAAAAUUUGCAACAUGUGGUGAGGAAGCGAUGAAUUUUACAUAUUUAACCAAUGUGAAAACGUCGACAAGUUUGGGAAAAGACAAGAUUAAGGGAAGUGAAGCUAAUUUGAAGGUGGAGAUGGCUUCUGUUAAGUAUGUGCAUACAAAACGUUUUGUUACUGAAUUGCAAAACUUCUUCCGACAUUUGUCAUUGCUGCAGAACGUCAUGGAGAAGGUGAGACAGAGGACAAAGAAUAAGCACAAUAAGUCUUUACACCAAGACCAAGACCUUCCAGAUGAUUCUGCAUCCAGGUUGCUCCUGGAUGUAAGGGUUUCUAGACCAGUUAUAGUACUUCCAGCAGGAGGUUCUUCUAAAAGAUUUGUAGUGGCGGAUGCAGAGGCUCUGACAAUACAUAAUACGUUUAAAAUGGCUGUUCCUAGUGCUGAGACUCUGGAUGAAGGAGAAUUAGUAGAUUCAAUAUCAAUUCAGCUUGUACAAGCUGAUUUAUUUGAGGGAUCUCGCGACAACCAAAUUAUAGGAUCAUGUUCAAUGCAGAGACCUUCAUUGUUGGCUGGUAAACGCACAGUUGAUGUCACUGUUGAAAGAAAGGUGGACACAGGAAUACAACGAUUUAGUGUGUUGCCUGAUUUGACUAUCCAGUGCACAUUAUCAAAACUGGAUGCUAGUCUGGAUCUAGAUCAAUACAGUUUGGUUCGUGGUGUUUUGAAAUACAAUUUAGGAGAAAAUUUAGAUGAUGUUGUGCUGCCAGGGUUGAAUAUAAUUGAAGAAGAAGAAUCAACUGAUCAUGAUAGAGAAGGAAGUCAGUCUCAACCUAUUAGAACAGUGAGCUGUUUGAAGAUUUUAUUGCAUGAUGUUACAGUUGAUUUAAAUUUGAAACCGAAUGAACCAUUGGCUAAAGUUAAUUUUAUUAAGUCAAGACUGACUGUUGAUAGUUAUUCGGAUGAGACACAGGAUGUGGAUUUAGUGUCACAGGAAAUUUUAAUAGCAGACACCAGAUACAAGGAUGAACCAGUUAAUAAGAGAAGAAAUGUUUUCUCCAACAUCCUGCAACCGAUAAGAUUUCAACACGAUAGUAACCAAGUACAACUCGAACUACACUCGCGAAUAAGAAAAAACAACUCCAAGUUUACAAUUCUAUUAAACAACAUGCGUCUAAUGGCAAUUUGGGACUGGUUGGAAAUAGCUCGGGACUAUCUGGGGCACUGUCAUGGAGACGAAAAGACUUCAAUCAAUGCAACAGGCAAAAGUGUGACCAAGAAGAGUUUAAGUGGAGAUCCCAUGCUUAGGAAGACCAGUUUUAAAUCCAGUGAAGCAAAGAGACAACAGAAACAUCAUAUAAAGAGACAAUCUCCUCAAGAAGAACCAAAUACAGUAUUUGAAAUGAAGUUAAACAUCACUGAUUCUGAAUUGGUUGUUGUUGAGAAUGCUUCGUUGUGGGAAAGCAAUGCUGUUAUUUUAAAGAGUACAAGUGUGGUUUCAUACAGGCCAGGAUCACAAAGGCCUCUUUCCUUGAAUUUAAAUCGAUUGGAAUUAUUCUCUUGUGUUCUGGGAGCUGAAGAGGAAUCUGCUUUGUCUAUAAUAGAUCCUGUUACUGUUCAAAUCGACCUUAGUCAAGAAGGGUUGCUUGAGGCACAAUUACAUACUUUAUGCAUUCGACUGUCAUACCAUGAUGUAUUAAUGUUCCAACGGAUAUUCAGUUCGUUGCCUCAACAAUUUAAAUCUGAGUCCAACUCUAUUAAAAAUAAACAGAGUCCUCCUGCUAAUGCUAAAAGUAAAAUAGCAAAACUGACAGCCCUGGGGUUCUCCAAAACAGAAUGUGCAAAAGCUUUAGAACAAUGCGAUUAUUUAUUAGACGAUGCAGCUCUUUUACUAACAGCUCGUGCCCCAAGUGACAGAAAUUUCAAUCGUGAUCAAAAUAUUGAUGCAGACGAUGAAAAUAAAAACAAUUUUGAUGUCAAAGUCUUUGAGAUUAAAUCAGAUUGUGUCUCCUUGUGCAUCAUUGAUGACUGCAGGGACUCUGAUGUGCCUUUGUUAGAAUUUUCGCUGUCUGAGCUGUUCUUCAGACACAAGUUGAAGAACGGUGAGAAGUCUGGUGAUGUGGAUGAGCUGCCUAAGCCUAUUCUUCCACCUCCAGUUGAAGCUACAAGCAGUGCUCUGGUGGCUUACAAGAGUGGAUUUGAUGAUAACAAUGAGCAGUUUGGAACCCAGUUGUCUGCUAUUUUGUCUGGCGACUAUUAUAACAGAGCUCUUAGUGGUUGGGAACCUUUUAUUGAACCAUGGAAGUCUGAUAUCAGAAUGCAAUUGAACGAAGCAUUAAAAAUACCAGGAUUAACAAGCGAUGAACUCAUUGUCAAAAUAUUGAGCUCUGAGAUGCUAAAUUUAAAUGUUACAAGCACACUUAUGGAUUUGUAUAAUAUGGUUCAUAAAAACUGGACUCAAGAUAUGCAUGGUGAAGCUAACGAUACAGGUCAACAAUUGAGCAACCCUCCUGGUUUUAAGCGAAGAUAUCCAUUUGUACCAUUUGCUUUAAAAAAUGAAACUGGCAACAAUUUAUGGUUCUAUACUUUGAUAACCAGUCCUGAUAGUCACUUAACAAAAGCAACACCUCCACCAACUGAUCCAGGAUGGUGUUUGGUACGUCCAGGAGACACAGCGCCUCUUUCAUUCAUCCAGACAACUGUACCAGGUGUAUUUUCUAAACAAAGAGGUGGAACUAGACAUAAAGAACCGACUUUGCAUCAGACAUUUGCCAGAGUCCAGGGAUGGACACCUGUUGGACCUGUCUCGGUUGAUAAAGUCGGAGUUUAUUUUAGACAUGCUCAUGCCGAAUAUGAAACAAUGAAUUUGGAGAUGCCUAAAGCUCGAAUAGUGUUCUCAGUAACUCUUGAAGGAUCAGCACAAAAAUUGGUGACCGUCAGAUCAGCUUUACGUGUUGUCAAUAAUAUUGAUAGUCCUAUCCAGUUACGAAUGGAAUAUUAUAAUGGACAAUUUGGAAUUUUAAAUUGGCCUCCAACAAAAGAAGAGAUUGUCCAACCUGGAUCAGUAUAUUCUGUUCCUCUAACUCAUGCUCAUAGCCACAUCAGAUUAAGACCUCUUGUCCAAGAUCCUAAUACAAAAGAAAAGGUCGAAAUUGAGAAAUAUAGUCGUGGUCCAAGACCUGCUAAUUUCAGGCACAAACCUCCAGAUUUCCAAUUGUGUAAACAACCUUUGAUGUGGUGGCGUGUACAGAGAACUGGUGAAGUUGCACAGGAGUUAAGAACUUGUUAUGACAAGGAUAAAGUUUAUAGGUUAGUUGCUUGUAUCAGACGUGACAACUACCCCAACACAACGUCAAUGACGACAUCGUCAGCAAAUAAUAUGACAACUGCAAUUGUGCAACCAGCACACACAAUAAGUAUUGCCCCAGUUGCUCUGCUCUGCAACCGGUUGCCCUGUGAUCUCAUUUAUAGAUUAGUAACACCCGGAGGUGGCAGUAGUAGUGGUCAAAGCAGCAAAAGUGGAAGAGUGCGUUCUGAAUCUAGAGCUCCACUCAUAGAAGUAAGGACAUGA